AUGUCUUCUGGAAAAAAGUUCCCCCAGUACCUGGCGGCAGUGUGCGUCUCCAUAGGUGCCUUCGGCACGGGAAGUGUCAUAGGAUGGACCUCGAAUAUCUGCGAAGACCUAAAGAAUGGCAAAUUGAAUGAACUUGAGAUGGACGACGAUCAGCUGGGAUGGUCAGGAUCAUGCAUGACUUUAGGCGCAAUGAUCAUGUGCAUUCCAAUGGGCUUCAUCUGUGAAAUGAUCGGAAGAAAGGGCGCUGCGUUGGUAGCAGCCAUUCCUCUUUUUCUAGGAUGGGUCAUAAUAUUAUUUGCUAACCACAAAGGCAUAGUGUACGCCGGUAGAAUCCUUUGCGGAAUAGGAGGUGGGUCGUUCUGUGUGUGCGGGCCGCUGUACACUAGCGAAAUAUCAGAACCAGAAAUCAGAGGAACUUUAGGUACCUUCUUCCAGUUAUUCAUCACAAUCGGAAUAUUGUUCUCUAAUGUUUUCGGAUAUGCCAUGCCAUCUAUACGGCUAUUCAACAUAGCCUGCACAUCCAUACCGGUUGUGUUCGCUAUAGUAUUUGCUUUCCAACCCGAAAGCCCUGUCUACUACAUGCGAAAAGGCAAGCAAGGAAAAGCGGAGAAAUCGUUGGAGAGACUAAGGGGAAAUGACUAUGACAUCAGAGGUGAAUUGCAGGCGAUACAAGCUGCCAUCGAUCAAGAAAAGCAGAUGGCCGGCUUCAAAGUGGCCAUCAAAACGAAAGCAGCAAAAAAAGCCACUGUGAUCUGCUUCACGUUGAUGGUCUACCAGCAAUUUUGUGGAAUAAACGCGGUCACGUUCUACACACAGGAGAUCUUCUUAGCAGCUGGAUCCGACCUUGAACCACAUUGGUGCGUCAUCAUUCUGGGAAUCGUCCAGGUUGUGGUAACAUUGUGUGUCUCGUGGGCCAUUGAAAAAGCUGGAAGGAAGAUAUUGCUGAUGGUUUCCUGUGGACUCAUGGCUUUGGCCUCCGCGAUGAUCGGAUUAUUCUUCACAUUUAAGAACCGCAAUCUUAUGGAUGAAGAUGGCGUGAAAUCUAUAGGUUUUCUGCCUAUCAUUGGCGUUAAUUUGUUCAUCAUAGCCUUCUCCAUUGGCUUGGGGCCCAUACCAUGGAUGGCGUCUUCUGAAAUUUUCCCACCAGAGGUCAAGUCCAAAUGUAGCUCGGCAGCGGCAACAUUCAAUUGGUUUUUGGCUUUCUUGGUUGCCAGAUUCUACUUGAAUUUGGCCAAUGCCAUUGGAAAUGACGUAACGUUCUUCAUAUUUGCUGCAAUCGCCGGAUCAGGUAUCUUUUUCACAUUAUUCGUGAUACCGGAGACGAAAGCGAAGACUUUUGAACAGAUUGUUGCAGAGCUGGAAGGCAAGUAA